GGGGGAGGCAGAGGGGGUGGGUUUUUCCCCUGAUGAAACUCAAGACCUGAUGGAGACGUUCAGAGUCGCUCCAGAGGACGCAGGACUCCAGGACUGAACACACCCUGCUAACUGGGACAGAACCAAGUCUGGUCAGGUGGAUUUURCACCCAGAAGCCUUUAACGAUGCAGUCACCCUCGGCGCUGAUCUUCGCAGUGGUUCUGGCUCUGCUUCACGACCCAGCSAACAGCACGGAACCGGAAACAUCCCAGCCGAACAAUCGCAGCCCGAACGAAUCAGAGGGCUGUCUCCUACCGCCCAUCGGCGGACUCCUGUCCCGCGCGCCGGGCCCCGUGGCUUCAAYGGACGAGGUGCUGGAGUCCAGCCAGGAGGCGCUGCUGGUCACGGAGCGGCGGUACCUGCGGCUGGACUGGUGCAAGACGCAGCCGCUGAAGCAGAGCAUCCAGGAGGACGGCUGCCUGAGCCGGACCAUCAUCAACCGCUUCUGCUACGGCCAGUGCAACUCCUUCUACAUCCCGCGGCACGCGCACCAGGAUGGGAGCGCCUUCCAGUCCUGCUCGGCCUGCAAACCCAAGACCUUCAGCACCGUCACCUACACGCUCCUCUGCCCGGGGCGGACGCCCAGCACGCGCAGGAAACGGGUCCAGCGCGUGAAGCAGUGCCGCUGCGCCACAGUCAGAACGGACUGAAGCCGUUUGAUGUGGACAUGGAGCGGACUUUAAUGUGAGGAGCUCGACUGGACAUGAAAUCUUAGACWCGAGGCUCAUGUUGGAGCCUCCAGCUGACCCGAAGGUAAACAAACGGACAGUGUUGUACAAAGUACCUCAAGAUGAUACUUCAGUAAAAGUACAAGUAUCUUAUCAUAAAAAUACUUUGGUAAAAGUUAAAGUMUUSUCUAAAAAUAUUAC